AUGUGCGUGGACGCCGAUGACACCGCGAAAGCAUUAUUGCUCUUGAGACUGUUGGGAUUACAAGCAUGUCCAGAUUCCCUAAUCGGCAAAUUCGAAUCACACGAUCAUUUUCUGACCUUUGGAAUCGAGCGAAACCCAAGCAUCAGCACUAACGCUCAUAUCCUACUGGCCCUCCUUCACAUGGAAAAUAAUAGCACAUACAUUUUCCAGAUAGAAAAGUGUGUUCGGUUCUUGUGUCGUGCGUGGUGGGAGUCGGAUGGCUUUCUUCAAGAUAAAUGGAAUAUAUCGCCCUACUAUCCCGUUAUGUUGAUAUGUGAAGGGAUGGUGGACUAUAUACAUAAAUGGGACAGUGGCGAUUUUGCUACAUCCAAUAGCACUGGCCUAGAUCCCCGAGUGCCGCUGGUUGUUCACCAAGCGUUGACUAAGCUCCUCCAAACCCAAAAUGCUGAUGGAUCCUGGGGACCGCGAUCCAGCCUUGAAGAGACGUCGUAUGCAACAUUGGCCAUAAAGAGUCUCCUGACACUACCGUUCACAGCUGAGCUGCGAGAUGCCUCCCUCACUGCUAUUGAACAAGCAGAGUCGUACCUACGAUACACAUACAGUCGUGGUUACAUUUCGGUCAGAGAACGGCUCUGGAUUGACAAAACCCUUUACAGCAUUGAAACAGUU